AUGCAUGAGGAAGAGGUGGAAGUGAACAUUGAUGCACAAGCCAUAUCCAAGAGAGGAAGCUUCAAGUAUCUUGGGUCCAAAAUUCAAGGAAGCGGGGAGAUUGAUGAGAAUGUUGCGCACCGUAUUGGAACGAGUUGGGGGAAAUGGAGUCUCGCUUCUACGAGCAGAGCGUUGUCUAGUCAAGAAUGUCCAUGUCCACAAGAUGAAUGUGGUAGAGAUGAGGAUGCUCUGAUGGAUGUAUGGGCAUACAGGAGAGAUAUGAUUAGGAAUGAAGUUACUCAGGGAAAGGUGCGAGUGACCUCUAUUGCGGACAAAAUGAAAGGAGCGAGACUAAGAUGGUUUAGGCAUAUGAAGAGGAGGUGUGAGGAUGUGCCGGUAAGGAGGUGUCAGAGUUUGGCUAUCAUAGGAGUUAGGAGAGGUAGAGGUAGGUUGAUGAAGCACUAG